GUAUUUAUUUGAUUAUAUGUUGGUUAUAUAUUUUUCUUUUCAAUCAGUUGAUUCGAUUGUUUGUAUCAAAUACAAUAUAAAUUUUUAAAACGUAAAUAUGCAUAUUCUUGUGACGUGCAAAAUAUUAAUAAAAUGAUUGCUCGAAAUCAUAAAAGUUUUUGCGUCCGCCCCUGGCUCUCAUAAUCACCAGUCAUGGCAAUUUUGAUAAGUUCAAACAGCCAGCACAAGACAUAUUGUCAUUCAUCUAUAACAGGUUCGAAAUUGGCCUUACAGAGACCUUGGUUUAAGCUGUUGCUUGUAUUUUCUUUGUAUAAUCUCUUUAUUAUGUCAUUUCUUGCGCGUCUUUCCAAUUAGCAAAGUUGUAUUAUAUGCCAUACAGUUAUACCCAACAAAUACGUAUUGCAUGUUUUUUGCUGCUCAUCUGCUGUUUUCGAGGGAGAUUUUACAUUCAACUUUAUACAGGUUAACUGCUUUCCGGUUUCCAGCAUACGUGAAGCUUGCUCGUAUGGAUGCUGCUACCUUCACCCCCAAGAUGCUUGAAAGAUUUUUGGAGCAGGGUGGCAGCAACAGUAUCUGCUACCUCUUUCUUCUCCUCCUUGACCACAUCUACAGCUUCUGCUGACUUCAACCCAGGCAGACUUCAGUUCUACCGAUACAGCGAGAAAGCUCAACAUACUCUGACUCUGCUUCUGGCUUGCUCUCGACCGGAACAAGUUCAUCAAGAACCGGUUUUGUCUCAGUUGCUGGGGUUACUUCCUCGUUUUUCACUGCCUCUGCUGCUGGUUCUGAAAGAUCUAGAAAAGUUUCUUCCUUAGUCUCACCAUCUUUCUUCUCCCGCAACCAUUGACCAUAAGAGAACGAACAUAAUUCAUAUAUCACAAAUCAAAUUGAUCGUUUUUCAAUAGCACUUAAAGUAUGUUGCUCCAGAACCCUAGCUCUAAAGUUUUUGUCUAAACCCAAGUAUGAUAGGAUCAUUUGCUUUGUCGAAUAUAUGUUGAAUUAAUAUCGA